AUGUCGACUCCUGCAAGGAAGAGACUGAUGAGGGAUUUCAAGAGGUUGCAACAGGAUCCCCCUGCCGGUAUAAGUGGUGCUCCUCAAGACAAUAAUAUUAUGCUUUGGAAUGCUGUUAUAUUUGGGCCUGAUGACACCCCAUGGGAUGGAGGUACGUUUAAGUUGACACUUCAAUUCACAGAGGAUUAUCCAAAUAAGCCACCAACAGUGCGUUUUGUUUCUCGGAUGUUUCAUCCAAAUAUUUAUGCGGAUGGAAGCAUUUGCUUGGACAUCCUACAGAAUCAGUGGAGUCCUAUCUAUGAUGUAGCAGCUAUACUUACCUCCAUCCAGUCAUUGCUCUGUGAUCCAAACCCAAACUCUCCAGCAAAUUCAGAAGCUGCACGGAUGUUUAGUGAGAACAAGCGUGAAUACAAUAGGAGAGUCCGUGAGAUUGUUGAGCAGAGUUGGACUGCUGAUUAG